AUGGCUCCAACCUCACAACAACUAAAACAACAACCUUUUCAACAAAACAACAAUGGCAGCACUCAUCUCAACAGACAAGAAAUCCAAACUGCCAUUGCUAAAGCAGUUGAACUAAGAGCCCUUCAUGCUGCCUUAACCCAAGGAAAUAGCCCAAGCCCAAGCCCAACCUCACACAAUGCUAGAUUUCCAUCUCCUUCCCCUGUUUUACACUCUGUUUCUCAUUUCUCUGCUCAAGAUUACCCUGUUUUCACACCAAGUUAUGAAGAUGAGGCACAUCAAAACCCAACAAAAAGCAGAACAAUAUCAGAAAGUUGGGAUGAAAAUGUGAUAGAAGAAGGAAACAUCAUAGAAAGUAUCAUUGUACAAGAUUACAAGGAGAAAAAAACAAGCUCAAUAAAGGUACAACCUUUUGGUUUUUCAACAAAUCUAAACCAAGAAUCUUCUCACAUGUGUCCUGUUGAUGAUGAUACAAAAUCAGUAACAGGUUCUUGUGCAAAUCACAUCAAUGUCCUUCAAACAUCACCUAAUGAGUAUUUCAAAUCUAGAAGAAGAAACAGUUUGGAUGAUUACAAACCCUUAUCUUCUUGUAAUAGGUGUAAACCCGCUUUGAUAACUAGCGAAUUCGACAACACGAAAAACAAUAGAAGUUCUAACAUUGUGGUUCCUUUAACUGAUUCUCAUGCUUCAUUUCAAACUCAAGUUAAAAGUAAAGGGAUGAUUUCAUGGCUUUUUCCUAAGUUCAAGAAGAAGGACAAGAAUAAGAAUAAGAACGAGGGUUUUGGUUUAUCGCCGAAUAGAACGGAAUCUGAAGAGGUUUCUCAGAUUUUGAACAAAGACACGGGGAUUAUGUCGAUCGAGAUGUUGAAAAGAGAGCUCAUUGAAGCUCACAAGAGUCGAGAUUCCGCUAUAAUUGAAGUUUCGGAGAUGAGAUCUUCGUUCGGUGAACUGAAACAAAAGCUUGAGUAUUUGGAAAGUUACUGCGAAGAGCUGAAAAAAGCAUUGAAACAAGCAAUGCAAGCGAGAGAAUCUCCGGUCCGUAAUGAGAAACUCGGAUCACCCUUUGAUGGAAAUGGCGAAAAUUCAAUGAUGCCGGUGAGUGAAGACGUAAUGGUAGAAGGGUUCUUGCAGAUUGUUUCAGAAUCAAGAUUAUCCGUGAAACAAUUCUGCAAGACCCUUAUAAGCCAAAUCGACGAAAACGAUCAAACUUUGAUCGAAAACUUGAACUUACUUCUUCAACCAUAUAAACUCUCAUUGAACUCCAAAUACUCAAAAGCAGUACUUUACCAUUUCGAAGCAUUCAUAAACCAAUCACUCUACCAAGACUUCGAGAAUUCCGUCUUCCAAAGGAACGGCUCGUCGAAAUUCCUAGACCCUAGACAAGACCGACAAGCGCAAUUCUCGUCAUUCGUUAAGCUACGAAACUUAAGCUGGAAUGAAGUCAUGAAAAAAGGUACAAAAUAUUACAGUGAAGAGUUCAGCAAAUUCUGUGACCAAAAAAUGAGUUGCAUAAUCACUUCACUUAAUUGGUUAAGGCCUUGGCCAGAGCCACUUCUUCAAGCUUUUUUUGUGGCAGCAAAAUGCAUUUGGUUGUUACAUCUUUUGGCAUUUUCUUUCACACCAACAUUGGGAAUAUUAAGAGUGGAAGAGAAUAGAGUCUUUGAUGAUUGUUACAUGGAAGAUUUAGUUAUUAUUGAUAGACAAAGAUCACAAGGUCCUAAUAAGGUUAAGAUUAUGGUUAUGCCUGGUUUCUAUGUUCAAGAUAAGGUUUUAAGGUGUAAAGUUAUUUGUAGGCAUAAAUCUAAACAUUGA